AUGAGCUUGUCAGUUAGUGCAGAAUUCCUAGGAGGUCUUGACCAGAUCUUUGGGAAAGUUAGACAAUCGACAUUAACCGUGCCUGAAGGAUCGACGAUCAAAGACUUGCUCCAAUUGAUUGUCCAACAACAUCUUGAGAACCCCAAGGAUAUUUGCAUGUUUUUAGACGACGAUAACGAAGGGAUCAGAGCGGGUAUCUUGGUAUUGAUCAAUGAUGUCGAUUGGGAAUUGGAAGGAGAGUUGGAGUACGAGCUUGAACAUAAGGACGUUGUGACAUUUACUUCUACGCUUCAUGGGGGUUGA